AGGUUACCCGCACCCACACGCUUCGAUCGACUUCGCUACCAUCUCCUCAAGUUUCUCUUCCAGAAUUCGAUACCUGCUAGUUCCUGAUGGCCCCGAAGGCAGAGAAGAAGCCCGCGGAGAAGAAGCCGGCGGAGGAGAAGAAGUCGGCGGUAGCCGAGAAGGCUCCGGCGGAGAAGAAGCCCAAGGCCGGGAAGAAGCUCCCCAAGGAGGGCGGUGCCGGCGCGGCGGACAAGAAGAAGAAGAGGGUGAAGAAGAGCGUCGAGACGUACAAGAUCUACAUAUUCAAGGUGCUGAAGCAGGUCCACCCCGACAUCGGGAUCUCCAGCAAGGCCAUGGGCAUCAUGAACAGCUUCAUCAACGACAUCUUCGAGAAGCUCGCCCAGGAGGCCUCGAGGCUCGCGAGGUACAACAAGAAGCCCACGAUCACCUCCCGGGAGAUCCAGACGGCCGUCCGACUCGUGCUACCCGGCGAGCUCGCCAAGCACGCCGUCUCUGAGGGGACGAAGGCGGUGACCAAGUUCACGAGCUCGUGAGCGAGGAGUAUGUCCCGUGUUGAUGGAUCUGCGGAUUGGGUUUGUGCUUGGUAGAUAGGCUUAAUUUUUAGGUUGCUAGGGUUUGGAUUCUUCUCGAAUGUAUUUUGCGUGUUUUUGAAGCACUAUGUGAAGUUCGGUUCCUGUUUUAGACUCUGCUUUGGAUGGCGAAUGAAUGAUCGAUGAUAGAUCCAUUACAACCCCUCUCACCUUAUC